AUUGUUUUCGCAUGUAAUGUACAUGACGUUAAAAAAAUGACAAAAAAUUUACCAAUGUAAGAGAUAUCAUAAAAAAACUCAUUUUUAUGACAUCUCUUACAUUGAUAAAUUAUAUAUUGUUGGAUAGUUAUAUAAAAUAAGGUGUUCCAAUUACAAUACUUAAUAUAAUACUUUCCACCUGCCACGAGGGUCUGUUGUAUCGGACCACGAGGUGCAUAUAUUCUCCCCUGUGCACAUGUUAAAAGUAAUUUUCCGGUAUCGCGUUUUACGUAAAACGACGCAAGAACGUAAAAUGAGGAAGUGUCUUGGUAGCAGAUAGUGUGCAAUAGACAGUAAGUUGUUACAAAAGAGGGUACUCGUUAUCGCCAUUAUAAUUCUUAAUUGCAUUUUUUUGUGCACAUUGCAAAAAAACUUUAAACGAAAAUUCUAUUCUGUGUGAUAAAAAAAAAAAGAAAGAAGUAGAACUUCAGCAAGUCAAUCCAACUACGACCUAGCUCAAUUCAUUUUCGAGAAUGCUUGACCGCGAUUUGUUCGUUCACUACUCAAGUUCCUCUGCUCACAUCUUUUUGUGCGCUAUGACUUUAAUGGUUAUGCGGCUCCAUGUGCGAGAAGAUCGUGCGUGUACGACGGAGGCGCCGGGCCACCUGUUGCGGCCCCAGCUCGCGUAUCCCAGUCCAGUCGGGUCCGGGGCCCCGGUACCAAUCGCAAAGUGGGGAAUCGAGCUCGAUAACGAUUGGUGGCCCGGCACGUGCUACGCGAGGGUGCCUCGCUCCGCGAACGCAUAAAUAUCCCGGCUCCGGUCCACCCGACUUCAGAACUACCCCGUGGCUCGACUAGACGAGAAUCGAUCGAAGCGCGAGAAAGUCAUCCGGGUUCAUCCUAUUCCACUGUCGUCGAUUUUAGUAUCAUCGUGCUCUUUAAUAUCUCGUUCGACCCAAUCGCGAUCCAGUUAAGAGGAGGCGGUAUCUUCGUUCUCCAUCCCGUUGAAAGAAGUGCGAAGUUUCAGUGAAAGGGAGGUUUUUUUUUUAAUCGAGGCGAAAAGAAAGCUUAUUCUUCGCUGUCUACGUGGAGUCGUCGUGUGCAUCGAUCCAACGCGCAGAUCCUGCUAUGGAACUGCAGGAGAUGUUUCGCUACGGAUAUAUGUUCCCGCCGCGUGAGGACGAGCCGCUCGUGCCUGCUUGCGCGUACCUGGACCUGAAUUACGCAAAGACGACGAGUAAGACCGCCGUCGGCCUGCCACCCGUCAGUACCCUCACCGUACCGCAGAAUCUCGUCUACGACAGCAGCAAUUGCAGCGACGGCUGGCAUACUCCGAGUCCAACGGCCAGUCUGCGAUCCGUCAGUCCCGCUACCACGUUGUCGAUCUCCUCAGAACCGGAAACGAUUAACAGUGCGCCAACAUAUCGGCUACUAGGCUCGACUAUCAAGGACAAGAGAAACGUGACGAAGAGAGGAUCGAUGAUCGGGCUGAGUAACAUUGGGAACAAGCGACUACACGUGGACGCGAUGGAUCACCUCAUGGCCGAGGAGAUGAUUCAUUUGGACGUCGAGCGCGAGGACAUCGAGGAGACAAUCAACCUGGACGCCGAUAAAACGCGGUCCUGCCAUAGCAGCAUUAUCAGCAACUCCAGCAGCGGCGGCCUGUCUGACAGGACGUUGGACGGCGACAGUGAAGAGGAUGCGGAUGAGGUCAGCGACGGAGGUGCGGAUCAUCCGGAGAAUGCGCACGUCACUUCCGGCGGACGCGAUUCCCGCAGGAAGGGCAAGUACGUCAACUCAACCAUCGUGAGGAAACGCCGGCUGGCCGCGAACGCACGCGAGAGGAGGCGGAUGCAGAAUCUGAACAAGGCAUUCGACAGGCUGCGCGCUUACCUGCCGACCCUGGGCAACGAUAGACAGUUAUCGAAAUACGAGACGCUGCAGAUGGCUCAAUCCUACAUCACUGCACUUUAUGACUUGCUGCAGUAAAAAGGAGGGAGACGCAAGAGGGAAGAAGAAGAAGAAGAAGAAGAAGAGAAAGAGGGAGUGCGUUCAUUCGCCGCGAUACCGGAAGUCAAGUUCGCCAAGCAAAAAAAGUCGAUCUAACAAGAAUCCGCGAGUACUUCUUUGUAGAGUAGUGAUUCGCGAGUUUUUUUCUAGACGUUAUUUAAUCACGAUCGAAGUUAAAACAAUUGAAGCUAUACAUGGAAAAAAGAUUUUAUUGACGUAUAAAAAU